GUCUUGAUGCAGAGUUGUCCUACGUGAGGAAUGAUGUGGUUAAUCACUACGCAUUGUCCUUCAAUCUCUUGGUACCCAGCGAGACCAACAGUCUUCACUUCAGCUGGCACGCUAAAUCCAAGGUUGAAUAUAAACUGGGAUUUCAGGUAGAUAAUCCCAUGGCUAUGGCUAUGCCCCAGGCCAACAUUUCUCUACAAGGAGAAGUUCCUCGCACCCUUUCAGUGUUUCGUGUCGAACUCUCCUGCGCCGGCAGAAUCGACUCUGAGGUCACAAUAUUAAUGCAGCUCAACUUGACAAUAAAUUCAUCAAAAAACAUCACAGUUUUAAAUUUCAAACGAAGGAAAAUGUGCUACAAAAAGCUUGAACCAGAAGUAAAAUCGCCAACAUCUGACAAAAACAGCAGCAAGGCUAUCUUCGAUCCAGUAAAUGCAGCUCCCACCACUUCUACCCGUGUGUUUUAUAUCAGUGUAGGCGUGUGCUGUGCUGUUAUAUUCCUGGUGGCAAUAAUAUUAGCUGUCUUGCAUCUCCACAGCAUGAAAAGGAUAGAGUUGGAUGACAG